UGUAGAGAUAUUUGUCACUGCAACAUCAUCAACAACCACACUAAACCAUUAUCAUCAUCGUCAUCAUCAUACGCCGACAUAUAAUUAUCACAUCUCAAUAACCGCAUCCGUUUUUUUUCUUUUUCCUCAUUCAUUCAUUCAUUCAUUCACAUUUAUUUAUUUUCAUUCCAAGUCAUCUCUCGCAAUAUAUUUGCAUUGUUCUCGUUUUUUUCUCUUUCUCUCACAAAUUCAAAGAUUCUCCUCUUCAUUUAUAUUAUUUAUAUACUUUAACCACUCACACUCCCACCACUUACGAUUUUUUUUUCACUUUGAAGAUUCUGGAAAAAAAACCAUACAUACCAACACAUGCCAUUAGUGUUCUGUGUGUUUGUUUUGCACAUUUUUUUCCACCGUUUUUAUCAUCAUCAUCAUCAUUGUCGUUGUUAUUCUUUUGCCAUAUUGUUGCCUAUUCUUGGUUAAUAAUAAUAAUACACUCACAAAGACACAACAGCCAACAGAAUCGAAAGAAUCUCACUUUUUAUUCAUUAGAAUAAAUAUCAAAAAUGCACUGGUUUAUGAUAUCUAUUCUCAAUAUCAAUGAUUUUUUUCUGUUUCCUAUUCUUCAAAAAUAUGGCGAUUUAUAAAAAAGAAUCCUCAUAAAUAAUGAUACGGAUAUUUUCAAAUGUUCAAUCCGUUGUUGCCUUUGAUAUGGUGAUUAUGUUUAAAAUUAUUAUGAUUUGUGUUUAUCGUGAUGGUGAUGGUGGUGGUGGUGGUGGCGGUGGCGGUGGUUUUGAAUGUCACACAAACAUCACAUUAUAAUGUAGAAAGAAAAAUAAAAAUGUGGCAAAAACAUCAAAUCGCAAAUUAUUCAACUAUCGAUACACAAUUGUAUCAAUCCUGCACUAAACGUUUCAAAUUUGGCACAUUCAACUUUUAAUUCUUUCAUCAAUUCAAUCAAGUGCUACUAAAUUUUCCACAUCUCUUUUGUGUAAAAAAAAUCAAUUCUCAUCAAUCACCUUGAUUAAUUCGGAAUUUUUUUUUUCAUUGAGAAAAAAACAUUUUUCAACUAAAAAGAAAAGAAAACAUGAUGGAAAAACAAAUCCAUUCGAUUUUUGUAUAUAUCUUCAUCAUCAUCUACUGCCAUUUAAUCGGCCAUGUUUUGUGUGGUGGUGGUCGUAAUCAUUCUGAUGAAAUAGAAUUAGAACCAGGUAGCAUCAGAUGUUCACCUGGUCUAAUCAUACCGGUAUGGGAACCUACCACAAAUUUAGCAUUAGGUGAUAUUAUUGCCCGUGGUGUUAUCUAUUUCGUAUUACUUGUCUAUAUGUUUGUUGGUGUUUCGAUCAUAGCGGAUAAAUUUAUGGCCGCAAUCGAAGUCAUUACUUCACAAGAGAAACAAAUUACAAUCAAAAAGCCAAACCGUGAACCACAAGUAAUUAGUGUACGUGUUUGGAAUGAAACCGUAUCGAAUCUAACAUUGAUGGCAUUAGGUUCAUCUGCGCCGGAAAUUUUACUUUCAAUCAUUGAAGUUUAUGCUCAAGAUUUUCAAGCCGGUGAACUUGGACCCGGUACUAUUGUUGGUAGUGCAGCAUUCAAUAUGUUUGUCAUCAUUGGUAUUUGUGUGUUUUGUAUACCAAAUGGUGAAUAUAAGAAAAUCAAACAUUUACGUGUAUUUUUUGUUACAAUGAUUUGGAGUGUUUUUGCCUAUAUUUGGCUUUGUUUAAUAUUAACAUGGACUUCAUAUGGUGUGAUUGAAAUCUGGGAAGGUUUAGUUACAUUUAUGAUGUUUCCAGCAACCGUAUUAACAGCAUAUAUUGCUGAUCGUCGUCUUUUAGUUUAUAAAUAUUUAUCAAAAAAAUAUCGUAUGAAUAAACGCGGCAUGAUUGUCGGUGCAGAAGGUGAAGAUAUGGAAAUGUCACAAACAAAAAUGAAUCAUAUCAAUGAUAAUGGUUUCAAAACUUUUGAAGAAAUUGAUGAAGAAGCCAGAGAAUUUGAAGAACAUCGACAAGAAUAUAUGCAAGUAUUACGUGAGAUAAGAAAAAAACAUCCAUCUGCAUCGAUGAAUGAGAUUGAAGUAUUGGCACGGAAUGAAAUUAUGAAUCGUGGCCCAAAAAGCAGGGCUUUUUAUCGUUUACAAGCAACACGAAAAUUGACCGGUGGAAAUGUGCUCAGUAAACGACGUGUUGAAAAGAAAAAAGAGAUGAAAAAAUCUACGAAAAAAGAUGAUAAUACAAUCAAAGUAUUUUUUGAUCCAGGCCAUUAUACUGUCAUGGAAAAUGUGGGACAAUUUGCUGUUACCGUAUCACGUGAAGGUGAUCUUAAUCAUUCGAUUUGUGUUGAUUUUAAAACUGAAGACGGUACAGCAAAUGCUGGUUCCGAUUAUGAAGCCGUUGAGGGUACGCUCAUUUUUCGUAGUAGUGAAGCACAUAAACAGAUUUAUAUAACCGUUAUUGAUGAUGAUGUAUUUGAAGAAGAUGAACAUUUUUAUGUCAUAUUAAGUAAUCCAAGAUUUUUAAGCCAUGAUAAUUUAAAUGGCAUCAAUCAAACUGCUGCUGGUAGCAGCAGUGGUGCGAAUCAAAAUUUACCCAAAUUGCAAUUAAGUACACCGGCUGUUGCUACCGUCAUGAUAUUGGAUGAUGACCAUUCGGGUGUAUUUUCAUUCUCUGAAGGACAAUAUGAAAUAUCCGAAUCUGUUGGUGAAUAUCAUCUAGAAGUUAGCCGUUAUAGUGGUGCAAGAGGAAAAGUUAUAUUACCAUAUAAAACAACUGAAGGUACAGCUAAAGAUGGUAAUGAUUUCGUGCAAACAUCUGGACAUAUUGUAUUUGAAGAUAAUCAAACAUCGCAAUAUAUUCCAAUCAACAUAAUGGACAAUGAAAGCUAUGAAAAAGAUGUAAUAUUCUAUGUUGAACUUGGUGAACCAAUCCGUGAAGAAGAUUUAAAUGCCGAUAAUGAUGAUCGUGAAGCACAAACAGCAGCCGAUGCUGAUGAAAUUGCAUUGUUAGGAAAGCCAAAAUUGGGUGAACUUUAUAAAUGCCAAAUUCGUAUCCAUGAAAGUAAAGAAUUUAAGAGUAUGGUUGAUAAACUUAUUUCAAAAGCAAACACAAGCAUAACGAUUGGAUCAUCAUCAUGGAAAGAACAAUUUAUUGAAGCAAUAACCGUUUCUGCAGGUUUGUUAUUCAUUGAAAUUGAUUUAUUUUAUUCGAAUUUUAAAAUUUUUCGCUAUUUCAUAGGAGAUGAUGAUGAUGAUGAUGAAAAAAAAUACCCAACAUGUUCAGAUUAUGUGAUGCAUUUUUUCACAUUAUUCUGGAAAUUAUUAUUUGCAUUCGUUCCGCCAACAGAUUAUAUGAAUGGAUGGCUUUGUUUUGUUUGUUCGAUUCUGAUGAUUGGAGUCCUAACGGCAUUCAUUGGUGAUCUAGCAUCACAUUUUGGUUGUACCAGUGGAAUUAAAGAUACUGUAACAGCCAUUUCAUUUGUAGCAUUGGGAACUAGUGUUCCAGAUACGUUCGCCAGUAAAGUGGCUGCUCAAAAUGAUAAAUAUGCCGAUUCAUCAAUCGGUAAUGUUACUGGCAGUAAUGCUGUCAAUGUUUUCCUUGGUAUCGGUAUUGCAUGGACAUUGGCUGCCUUUGUUAAUGCAUAUAGAGGAAGAGAAUUCCGUAUCAAUCCGGGUAGUUUAGCAUAUUCGGUUACAUUAUUUUGUGUAUCAGCCGCAUUCUGUUGCCUAAUAUUAAUGAUUCGACGACGAGCUGGUGGUGAGCUCGGUGGACCACUUAUUUCAAAAACAUUGACAACAAUAUUAUUUGUCAGCAUUUGGUUAUUCUAUAUUCUAAUGUCAUGUUUAGAAGCAUAUGAAGUUAUUCCGGGUUUUUGAAAACAAAAACAAAAAGCCAAAAUUAUUUUUUAUUUCAAGAAAAAACGGCGCUAUACAUAUACAUCAAGACAUUAUUCAAGGGUAUCAAGAAAACAAAUGACGGAACAAAAAAAAAACAACAACAAAAACUUUAAUUAUAUCAAGUUCGUCCACUGAAUGAAGAUUUCGUCGAAAUGUGUGUAUGUUGUGAUCAUUUGAAGAAAAGGCCAACCAUUUUGAUCCGUUAAAAUUAAUUCGUUUCGAUUUUUUUCUUGUGAAUUCAAUUUGUAAAUGCCAAUUCUAUUUCUUGAAAAAAGUGAAUUAUCUCCUAGCAGAUAACAAUAAUAACGCCCUAUUAACUUGCCAAAAAAAAACAGAAGAAAACUACAUUGAAAUUGAAACCAACAACGACCAUCGACAAUUAUCGAUUUCUCAUGUGUAAAUAUACAAACAAUAACAUUACAAAACAAAACAAAACAAAUACUUUCAUCCUAUCCCUAUUUAUUUAUUCCUUUUCUUUCUUAAAAAAGUUUAGUCUAUUUUCUUGUCUUGUUUUUUCGGUUUGUCCAAUUCUGACAAUUUUAAAUUUUUAAUAGUUGAAAAAUUUUAUUUUCAAUUGUCUUGUGUAUAAUUACACAACCAACAAUUUCUCUCUUUCUGAUCGAUAGUGAUUCUCUCUCAAUCAAUCUCUUCUAAAAAAAAAAAUCUGAUUUGUCCAUAAUUUUUUCCCUUUAUCUGUUUUCGUGAACGCUAUUCUAGUGUUUUUUCUUUGCAAUUAGAUCCUAUUCCUUUUUCCCGUAUACUCGCUCGGGAAUUUCUUUUUUUAUUCGAAUUUGUUUUCAUCUCCGCCCAAUCGAUUCAUUCAUUAAUCUUAGCUAGACAAUUUAUUUGAAAUGAAAACGAAAAUUCUUUAUCAACAUCGAAAAGGCUUUACCUCUUAGCCGUUUCGAUAAAA